CGUGUCGCACUCUCUCUUUCUCCAUCUCUCCUUCCCUUUCUUUUUCUUCCUUUUCAUUCCCACUAAUCGUGAUUGUAGAGGGCGGGAGGGGGAGAGGAAUCGGAGAGAAGACAGAGGAGCGAGAGCGAAAGCGGGCGAGCGAACGUGCGAGUGCGAGCGCAAGUCGUGGAAGCAGCGCGAGCGUGCGGAAGAGUGGCGGUGUGUCAGCGUAAAGCGAGCGAGCAAGUGAGCGAGCUAGACGAGCGCGUGCGGUGGUGGUGGUGACGACUGGUGCCGUGGACGGACGGACGAACGGUCGGUCGGUCGGGCGAUCGGUCGGUCGGUCGACGGUCGGGCUGUGGUGUAUGGAAGAACGAAGGAAGAAAGUGCAAAAUUCGCAGUGUGUUGUGUCGGCUGCGGAGUGAGAAAAAGAUACGCACGCGGAGGGAAUAGUGUGUGUGGCGGCUCGGUUUGCUGGCAAAUCUGAAAGGAGGAAUUUAUCAUCCGUCGUCUCGAAGGGGUCUCGCGCGCGUCUCCACGGGACUGGUGUGUCAAAGGAAUCUGUCUUUCUUCUCUGUCUCGCGUUUAUCUUGCGUACACGUUCUCUAUCUCUCUUUCCUUCUCUCUCUCUCUCUCUCUCUGUCUCUCCUUUCUUUCUCUCUCUUCUUUUCUCGUCACCGAUCGCCGGGGGACCUAUUGGUCGAGAACACGUCAAGGGACGACGACAACGCGUGGACAUUUAACCAAGAAAGGAACGUGUUGCGAAGAGCACAAUGUCCGAUCGAGAGAGCCUGGACGAUCAGCCACAAAAAUAUGGAAACCCAGGUGGCAUGGAUGCUGGAGGUGCAGACUUUGAUUCCGGUCAGCAAGGUCAACAAAGCGAGCAGGAACUGGCGACGAAAAUGUUGCAAAUUCAAAGUAAAAGAUUCUACCUUGAUGUAAAACAAAAUAGACGUGGAAGGUUUAUCAAAGUCGCCGAGAUUGGAGCAGAUGGAAGAAGAAGCCAAAUCUACCUAGCACUCAGUACAGCAUCUGAAUUCCGGGACCACCUGUCGACGUUUAGCGAUUUUUACGCAUCUUUAGGUCCGCCAAAUCCGGAAAACGUACCAGACGACGGAAAAUUGAAGUCAGAGAUGAUGGUGAAGGAUAAUAGGCGAUAUUACUUGGAUCUCAAGGAGAAUUCUCGCGGCCGUUUCCUGCGGGUGAGUCACCCUGUGUCGCAGACGAUAACACGAGGAGGUCCCAGAACGCAGAUUGCAAUACCAGCACAAGGCAUGAUCGAGUUUCGCGACGCAUUAACGGAUCUUCUCGAAGAAUUUGGAACGGACGAUGGUGGUUUUAAAGGAGAUUUGCCGGAAGGGCGUUACAUGCGCGUGGAUAGCAAGAAUUUCUAUUUUGAUAUUGGCCAAAACAAUCGAGGCAUCUAUAUGAGAAUUUCUGAGGUAAAGACGAAUUUCAGGACAGCUAUUACUGUACCGGAAAAGUCUUGGGCGCGUUUCCGUGAUAUAUUCGCAGAUUAUUGCGAAAAGAUGAAGGAAGGCGGCGGCGGUGUUAACAGCGGCGGAGGAGGAGGAAGUGUAUUGUCCGAAGGGAAAGGCUCGGUGGUGGCACAGAUCGCGCGAUGCAAGUCUACCGGCGACAGAGGCAGAACGGAGAAGCGCCAGAGCGAUCAGCGGCAGCGCGAGGUCCUGAAAAGACGAAGGUCCUUGUCGCACAACGUGGGGUCAUCACCCGUCGCUCCUGUCAAGUCCGUUUCCGCUCCCGUCACCACCAAUAUGCCAGCAUCCCUGUCCUGCUCCACCACCGUCUCCACGUCAUCCAGCAAGUGCACGCUGUCCGACGAAACAGUUUCCGAUUCCAAAAUAUCUCGCGAGAUUCAAACAAUUCCGGUUCACACAAUUCCGUCGCAAUUGAUUCGCAUAUGAAUUUGCAAAUUUUUUGUUGACAAACCGACAAAAGUAAUCACAAAAUUUAUAUGUUCCGCUAUUAUAUUUAACUUAUUACGAUUACACACACGCGCGAUUGCUAUAUCUCUUUCAUCCCAUAAAUAUUUAGUUUUGCGAAGCAUUGAAAAGUUUUCUUCCGCGGUCCUUCAACCUUACUAAUUGAAGAGUGAAAAAAAAAAAAAAACAGAAUUGCGUGUAUAGAAAAAUGUGUGUGUCAGUCCUAAAUAUAAAUUAGACUUUGUUAAGUUUAGGCGGCGCAUCAGAAGUCACGAGAAAGCGCGUUUUACUUUUGUAUUCCGCAAUUUUGUGUUACACAUCGAUAUAGUGAAUGUGUUUGCUUUCUUUUUAUUUGUAAAAUGAGAGAAAUAUUCGUUUAUAAGUUUGCAUUUAUGUGUUGUGUUACAUCGAAGAGAGAGAGAGAGAGAGAAAGAGAGAAUGUCUCUUUUCAUUUUUUGUU